CUCUUGACACCAUCACUGCUAGCACAGCAGCUUGUCACCGGCCAUCAGGAGACUGCACAUCGCAACUGCUGGCAAGAUGGCUGUGAACAUUAUCGUCAAGCAUCAGGGCAACAAAUACGAUGUCGAGGUGGACCCUGCCUCGACCGGCGCCGAGUUCAAGGAGAUCCUUUACAGCCUGACUGGCGUAGAACCUGCCCGACAAAAGGUCCUGAUCAAGGGCGGCCAACUGAAGGAUGAUGCGGAUAUGGGAAAGCUUCCCCUGAAACCCAACCAGAUCAUCAUGAUGAUGGGCACAUCCUCUGCGGACGGAGGCUCCAUUUCCCGCCCUAAGGAGGGCACCAAGUUCGCCGAAGACAUGACCGCUGCCGAAGCUGCCCAGCAGGAGGGCGCUAUUCCUGGCGGCCUGACGAAUCUCGGCAACACCUGCUAUCUCAACUCGACCCUGCAGACCCUCCGUGCCAUCCCGGAGCUCCAAGAGUCUCUUGUCAAAUACGAGUACAAAGGCCAACCUGCCUCUGCCCUGGGAUCCCUACUCUCGGGCCCGCAGUACGACGUCACCAACCAGCUCAAGGGUACCCUCAAGUCGAUGAGCGAGAGCACGGAGGAAUAUGGCCCCUUUGGUUUCCUUCAGGCCAUCCGCGAGGGCUUCCCUCAGUUUGCACAAAAGUCUCGGUCUGGCGAGGGUUUUGCACAGCAGGAUGCCGAGGAGGCCUGGUCCACCAUCCUUACCCAGAUCCGAAACAGUCUAAAGGUCCCGGGCAAAGACGGCGCUGCCGAGGUCUCGUGGGUCGAUAAGUACAUGGCCCUGCAGAUGGUGGAGACCCUCGAGUGUGACGACCCCCAGGCCGAAGAGCGCGGCGAGGAGCCGACCGUGAGCACCGAGACCUACCUUAAGCUCAACUGCCACAUUGAUAGCUCGACGAACCACCUGCGGGACGGAAUCGUCAGCGGGCUGAAGGAGGAGAUCGAGAAGAAAUCCACGGUACUGAACCGAGAUGUCAAGUACACCAAGUCAUCCAAGAUUGCCCGACUGCCGCAGUGGCUCACCGUUCACUUUGUCCGUUUCUUUUGGCGCCGCGACACCCAGAAGAAGGCCAAGAUCCUGCGCAAGGUCACCUUUCCUAAGGAACUCGACAUUCUCGAGUUCUGCACCGAUGAUUUGAGGAACAAGCUGAUUCCCGUGCGGGACCGGCUCCGAGAGGUCGUCAAGGACGAGGAAGACAUCGAGCGGGCCCGCAAGCGGAGAAAGACAAACACAGUCUCGGAGGCCGAGAGCUCGCAGGCUGGUGCCGCCACGACCGCCGCAGUCGCCAACAAGGACAAGCACAAGGACAAGAAGAAGAAGUCGGAGGAGAAGAAACCAGCAACCGAUGGGGAUGGCGACACAGCGAUGGAGACGUACAAGACGGAUGCCGAGUGGGAGGAAGAGAAGGCCACAGCGCUCCGCAGUGCAAAGAAGGAGUUGUUGGCCCUGGUCGACCAGGACCUCGCCAAGGACGAGGGCGCCAACCAGUCCGGCAUCUACGAGCUCCGAGGCGUCAUCACUCAUCAGGGCUCCAGCGCCGACAGCGGUCACUACACAGCAUACGUGAAAAAAACCGGCCAUAAGAACCCUAAGACGGGCAAGGUGGGCGAGGAGGAUGGCAACUGGUGGUGGUUCAACGAUGAGAAGGUCUCAGAAGUGCCUGGAGACAAAAUCGAUACUCUUGCUGGCGGAGGAGAGACCCAUUCAGCCCUCCUCUUGCUCUACAGAGCUGUCCCACUGCCUUCCCCUGAGGACCUCAAGGAUUAAAAGUGACUGUGCAGUAGCAGUCAGCCCCGGCUGCUGACCCCGGCAUACUGAGCCAUUCACGACGAGCGAUUGUUUCUUUCCCUUUUCGGUUUUCUUCUUUUAGUCCCUGAUGGAGGACUAAAGAGGUCUCACUAUGGAGGUGAGUGACGAGAGAGAGAAUGAGAGAAAGAGACGACACCAGAUAGCAAGUGUGUGCAGCAUUCAAUUCCAUAGGCUCUGUAGACACUAGUGAGCUGGAUAUCUGUCUCCAUCCGUCUUUUAUUUCGAAAUGGAAUCUGCAUGCC